UUCCAGGUUUAUAACAAAGCUCAGGAAAUGCUAAAGCUUAAAGGAGAAUUGAGAGGUACCAAGAAAAUGAAAGAUGAGGUGGGGGAGAGACACAGAGACAUGAGCAGCCUGAGCAGCAAACUUUUGAGCCUGCAAGUUGAUAUCAAGAAUCUACAUGAUGUUUGCAAGAGACAGGGGAAGACCUUGCAGGAGAAUCAGCUCUGUGUGGAGGAGGCGAUGAUGAACAGCAUCCAUAAUAAGAAGCAAGCAUUAGCAUUCGAGGAGUCACAGAUGGCCUUUGUGACCAGUAAACAGUGCCAUCUGAGGCAACUCCAACAACUCAAGAAAAAAUUGCUGGCCCUUCAACAAGAACUGGAGUUUCGCACAGAGGAGUUACAGACUUCUUACUGUUCCCUCCUGCAGUAUCAGUCUGUCCUGGAGAAGCAGACUUCCGAUCUGGUUCUUCUUCACCAUCACUGCAAAAUGAAAGAAGAUGAGGUGAUUCUCUAUGAGGAGGAAAUUGGAACUCAUAAUGGGAACACAGGGGAGAAGCUCCAUUUGGCACAGGAGAAACUCGCCUUGGCUGGGGACAAGAUCGUCUCCCUAGAAAGAAGUUUAAACCUCUACAGGGAUAAAUACCAGACUUCCCUAAGCAACAUUGAGCUACUGGAGUGUCAAGUGAAGAUGCUGGAGGGGGAGCUCAACGGGAUUGUCAGUCAGGAACCCGAGAACAAGGGUGAUCAUUCAAAGGUGCGUGUAUACACGUCUCCCUGCAUGAUUCAAGAGCAUCAGGAGACCCUGAAACGACUGUCUGAAGUCUGGCAAAAGGUGUCUGAACAGGAUGAUCUAAUCCAGGAACUUCGAAAUAAGCUAGCCUGCAGUAAUGCUUUGGUUCUAGAGCGUGAAGAGGCUUUGAUAAAAUUACAAGCAGACUUUGCUUCUUAUACCGCCACCCACCGACAUCCUCCUAGCUCCUCAGAAGAUUGUGAAGACAUCAAAAAGAUACUGAAGCACUUGCAGGAGCAGAAAGACAGCCAGUGCCUGCACGUGGAGGAGUACCAGAACCUCGUGAAGGACUUGCGCAUGGAGCUAGAGGCUGUGUCAGAACAAAAGAAAAACAUCAUGAAGGAAAUGAUGAAGUUGGAGCUGGACCUGCACGGGCUGCGAGAGGAGGCCUCUGCCCAUGUGGAGAGGAAGGAUAAGGAGCUCAUCAUCCUGCAGCAUCGGCUGCAGGAGCUGCAGGCGCAGUUCACCGAAGACCAACAGCUUGGCUUGAAGAAAGACACUCUCCUCCAAGAGAAAGAUGAAAUGCUGCAGGAGCUGGAAAAGGAACUGACACAGGUUCAGACAACCCUCCUGAAAAAAGAGAUGGAGUUGGAGAAGCAGCAACUAAUGAUAACAGAACUCGAAAUCGCCCUCCAGGAGGUAAAGCAGGAUAAGUGCAAGGUGGAGUGUGGGGCCCUGCGAGCUGAGAUCCAGACGCUGAAGGACUUUCUCGAAGAUGCCCAACAGCAGCAGAGGCUGGCUGCUCAGCAAGCAGCCCAAUAUAAAGAAGAGUCCGCUAUAGCAAAGAAUAACCUAGAGGAUUCCCAGAGGAAACUGCAAAGCUGCAUUCUCUUGGAGAAGCAGAAGGCAGACACCAUCCAGGAGCUACAGAGAGAGCUCCAGAAGCUGCAGAAGGGUUCCUUGAUGGCUGGAGAGGAACUUGCUCCCAACAGGAAACGGAUAGAGGAGCUGACAUCUGAACUCUCCGAGGCCCUGAGGAAGCUUGAAAACUCAGACAAGGAAAAGAGGCAGCUUCAGAAGACAGUGACUGAGCAGGAGAUGAAACUGAAUGACAUGCAAGAUCGUAUUAAACUCAUUCAACACCAGCACAGAGAGCUAACCUCCACCAAAACCACCCUAGAGGAGGAGCUUAAGGAAGUAACAAGGUUACUGGAGGAGAAACGGGAACAGUUGAAAAAGAGCAAAGAACAGCAGCAGUUGCUGGAACUAGAGAUUGAGUCACUUCGACAGGAAGAGAGAAAGAAAGAAAAGAUGUCAAAAGAGGCUUUGCGAAAUUUGGAGGAGGAAAGUGAGAAUACCCAAAUACAGCUUAAGCAAUAUACUACACAACUAGAGUCCGCUAUCAUCAAACAGAGCACCUCCCAGAAAGUCAUCCAAGAGCUGAAUAGUGAGAUAUCCUAUCAGAAGGAGGCCUUAGCGAGUCUACAGGCCCAACUAGACAAGGCUAUGCAGAAAGAGAAGCAUUAUCUGCAGACCAUGGUCAGUAAAGAAGCCUACGAUGAAUUAUCCCGGAAGUCAGCUGCCUGCCAAGACGACCUGACACAAGCUCUGGAGAAGCUCAACCACACGAUCUCAGAGACCAAGAGCCUGCACCGAAGCUUGACUCAGGCCCAGGAUAGGAAAGUUCAGCUGGAAGACGAAAUCAUGGCUUAUGAGGAGAGGAUGAAAAAGCUUAACAUGGAAUUAAAGAAACUUCAAGGCUUCCAUCAGCAGAGUGAGGCAGAGGUACAAGCCUUCGACAAGAAGCUGGAGGAGAUGAGCAACCAAGUGCUGCAGUGGCAGAAGCAGCACCAGUGUGACCUCAAGAUGCUGGCCGCCAAGGAAGAGCAGCUCCGGGCCUUCCAAGAGGAAAUGGCCACCCUGAAAGAGAACCUCCUUGCCGACGAGAAGGAGCCCUGUUGCCUGCCCCAGCGGUCUGUGCCCAAAGACACCUGUAGGCUGCACCGAGAGAAUGACCAGAUCAUGACCAACAUGGAGCAGUGGGCCAAAGAGCAGAAGGUCGCCAAUGAGCAACUAGGAAACAAGCUCCGUGAACAGGUCAAAUAUAUCGCCAAGCUGACUGGUGAAAAGGACCACCUCCACAACGUAAUGGUCCAUCUGCAGCAGGAAAACAAGAAGCUGAAGACCGAGAUAGAGGAGAAGAAGCUGAAAUCCGGGCACCCAAGGUUAUGCACUAAAGCCCUGAGCCCGUGCAAAAUGGAGCCCAUGCCAAGGGCGAAAGUGUGUGGCUCCUUAGGCUGGAGAGGGAUCACCCAGGGCAUGAGCCAAAGAGUGGAUGUCACCAAGUGUGCCGGGACUCCACGCUGCCCAGAAUAA